UUUAGAUGAUGAAUACUAAGGUCGGUUGUUAAAAUUUUGAUGUGGUAUUAGCCAUGUUCUUCCACCGCCUUCACCCUAACCUCUCUUUUCUUCCUCUGCCGGUUACCGUUACUCUAACACACGAUCCUCGUGUUCCUCUUUUCUUCAACGCCAAGUUUUCUCUAUCUAUAAACAUCACCUACAGAUUCUGCCACCAACUCUUUUAAUUUCCCCAAAUUCUUUCAUUCCUUCCUCUAUUCCCAAUUUCAAUUCCCCUUCUCUUCUCUCUGCAUUAUGGACAGACCCAUCCACCACUCAUCGGACACGCCUACUUAUGUUUCGGAUGAUGAAUCAGUCGUUUCUGAUUGCGAGAGCGGGGUUUCAGGCGACGAGGGCACGUUUUCCGGAGCCUUUCUGCCGGCGCCCCAAGACGCCCUUCGUGUCCGGACUAGAUUUGUCCGGAGCUUGCUCCUUAACGGAUUGAUGCCCGAGGUCUUGUCGAUUGCCAAGAACGCGCAUUCCUCCGUCAUGGCGCGUGCGCGUGCUCAGUGCUUUCAGAUUUUUGCUCGUGCGGUGGCGGAAUUGCACGAGGGUCGUGCUAACGUCAGGUUCGCUUGGUACGGUGCGUCCGGUAAGGAAGAGAUAGCUGAUAUCGCCCAACAUGGUUUUGGCCACGCGCACUGUAACGGCCUGCGUCUCUCUCCGCUGGAUUCCCCACUCCAAAGUGUCAAGAGCUCCGGUGUAGACAGUGACGGCGUGAGGUACUUGUUGUUGUGUAGCGUUAUAUUGGGGAAGACGGAGGUGGUACCACGUGGCUCCAAUCAACGACGUCCGAGUUCUGAAGAGUACGAUUCUGGGGUGGACGAUCUUUCGGCUCCCAAGGAGUAUGUUAUUUGGUCUAACCGGAUCAACACUCAUGUUUUGCCCGAAUAUGUUUUGAGUUUCACGCUUCCUUCCUUGAAAGGGAAUGCGAAUAUUGGGGGACCUUUGAGGCCCUCUUCGCCAUGGAUGCCAUUCCCAGCUUUGAUUUCGGUGCUUUCGAAGAUUUUGCCUGCAGAUCAAGUUGCCAUCAUUGUCAAGAUACGCAAAGAUUAUACAGAAUUGAAAAUUUCUCGGCAUGAGAUGAUACAGAGAGUGAGAAAUAUAGCAAGUGACAAAUUGCUAGUUUCCAUCAUCAGAUCUUUCAGAGCCAAGAAAACACCAGCAAGCUUUAAAGCAAACAAGGGGAAACAAGGGCAAGGGGAAAGAAGAGCAAGGGGACAGCCAGUAGCAUGAACGCCAUGAUUGUUCAUAUGAGUUCUAUUAGCUAUUACACGAAGUGAAUAGAAGAAUACUUGAAGAAACACGAUGCUCGUAAUACUAACCAAACUUACAUUGAGGUGGGAAAGUGAAACUACGGAGUAAGAAGUAGAGCAUAAUUUUUUAGACCUUUUAAUUUGCUUCUAGGAUGAUAUACUCAUAUUCUGGGAUAUAGGUGAUUCUUUUUCUUUCUAGCUAGUUACAGUUACUGGUUGAAAUAAAUAUACCUUUACCAUGGUGGCUGCAAUUUGCCGACUUCAAGUGUUCCUUUAUCUAUGCUCAUUGGCUAUACGUACACCGGAGUUCUUUGAAGUAGUUUGAUAAACUCUGAAAAAUCAAAUCAAGAGAUUGUUUAUUUUGGGUUUAA